ACUAUGGAUUUUCCUUUAUAGGGUGUGUACGUGGUAUAGAAAAGGAAGGAAUGCCAUUUCACAAAAAUCCAUUUGAAAAGGGAGAUCUUUAUGUUCGUAUAGAAGUUGAAUUCCCAGAUAACUAUUUUGCCUCCGAAGGUAAACUAAAGGAACUGGAAGCAAUUUUGGGAGGACGUCCUGCAGCACCAGCACUGCCAGAAGAUGCAGAAGAAGUCAAUAUGUCAGAUAUUGAGGAAACGCCUAGUAUGGGUGGUAACAGAGGUCAAUACUACGACGAGGAUGAUGAUCAUCCUCACAUGGGUGGACAACAUGUACAGUGUGCUCAUCAGUAAUCAGGAUAGAUAUGGGUAUUGUAUAAUGAUUAACAUUGCACAGCCUUGGCUUGUGAAUUGGACUGAUAAAAUGCAGUUUAAAGAAGUUGCCUGCCACGUUUGCUGGGACUAGGCACAUGAGUAAGUUUACCAUCGCUGUUUGAAAAAGCCUUAUGCUGACAAGUGGUAAGUAGACACAAUGCAGGGUGGUCUUUGUUGGUAACCGUUUCACCCAUGAGUGGACUUUAUCAAGUACUUUGAACAAUGAGAAAAAUUACUGCUUGCAUAGGGCAUUUAGGAUGGGUGGCCAGAUGUGGCUUCAAAAAAAAUGUACUGGUACAUUUGUCAACUCAUUUUAAAAGCUACACUUGACCUCUUGCCCCAGAUGCCCUAUAAAAGCUGCAGUUUGCUCAUUGUUCUGUGUACUUGAUAAAAGCCACUCAUGGGUGAAAUGUACCAAUAAAGACUUCACAAUAUUAAAUGUGUAUUUACUGGGUUUACAAUUUGAUGACACCCAGGUACAGUGUACACACCACUUGUGUAACCUAAAUUUUUGAUCUGCUCUUAUAGAUGAAAUGUAUUUUUUUUUUUUUUUUAACCUUAAUAGGCACUGCAGGUAAUAUCUUAAUACUGGGAGUGGAUUUUUAGUUUUGACUCAUCGCUCACAUUGUUAUUAGAUAUAAUGUGGCACAAUCUUACGUACAUGUGUAUUCAAUGCAUAUUUCCAUAUGUUUUGAUUGAAAGAUGUAUUAAAGAUUUUUUUGUUA